GCCAGACCGGACGUGAGCGCACUUCCGAAGGGAGUGGCCGAACCGCCAGCGAGCGGCGCUUUUUUGAGGCCCAGCGAGAAUGGCCGCCAAAAUUUCAACUCCAAGGACACCUGUCUUAACUGUCAGUGCAAGAAAAAUUAAAGAUAAUGCAGCAGACUGGCAUAACCUAAUGAUGAAGUGGGAGACUCUGAAUGAUAAUGGAUUUACCACAGCCACAAAGAUUGUGAACAUCAAAAUUGCCACAGAAUUUAAGGAAAACAAGCUGGAGAUAGAAUAUGAUAAUACUGCCUUUGAAUCUGAAAGGCUGCUACCUGACUACAAUGUGGAACUUGAAGUCUGUUGCACAGAACUACUUGAGACCUUCAAAAAUAUGGAAAAAAUCUACCUGAAAAUGGAAAAACUAUGUUCAACAACUAAAGGGAUUUGUGACUUGGAAACAUAUCAUCAUGGAGAUAACAGAACACCAUUAUUCAACACAUGGCCCACUCCAUAUUUUUAUGAUGUUUCUGUCAAACUAUUGGAUAUGUACUUAAACGAAAUAAAACUCAAGCAAACAAUUGUACAAGAGAUUGCUCAUACUACUGAUCAAGAUCUUCUGAUGGUUUAUUUGUCAUCAUGGUUGUACCAGCCCUACAUUGAGAACACCAGCAAAGUCCUGUUGGAAAGUAUGCUGUUGGAAACAGGACACAGACCAGUCUAAACACUUCCAUUGAACUAGAAAAUAGUGUUCUAUGAACAUAUAAUAUAUAUGGAUGUAUAUAUGAAUAUAUUGUUUGUACUUUUUAAUAAAGAAAUCUACGUCUU